AUGCUCUUCUCUAGCUUAAUCACUUUGAUUGUGGCCUCUGUGGGACUUGUAUCGACUACACCGACAAAAAAAUAUUAUGGAUGCGACGUAUCAGAUGCUGAACUUGAUCUACCCGAUACUAAGAGUAUCAGUAUUCCAAAGGGCGCAAAGCCGGAGUACAUUACGCUCGGGUCAACAUAUGAUCUCCAGAACUACACUUGCACCAAAGCAGGAAACUAUACCUCAGCAGGAGCCGUCGCAACCCUUAUAGAUAUUAGUUGUCUUUACGAAUCAAGCCCGAAACUGUUCGAAGAUGUUCAGGAUGACGUGUACAAUCUAAUUCCUAUGUACGGGCAUAACAUGCCAACUUGGCACAAGAUUGAAGCAAUAAUUGGGCAUUAUCCUCACAUCAUCGGGGACCAUUAUUUCAUUUCGAAGGAGGGGUCUAUUGCUCCCAAGUUCGAUUUCAGGAGGAGCGAAAAGGGAAAUAACAACGCAUUUACAAUCGACAAAAGGGUUGCAGGAAUCCCAUCCCCUGAGGGUUCGCGGAAUAUCGAUUGGCUCCAACUCGAGACUACGGCUGGGAACCUAUCAAAAUAUACUUUCCGCGUAGAUACUCAAGGAGGCCAACCUCCUAAGACUUGUCACAAAGAGGGACAUACGAUAACCGUACCAUACACCACCAAAUACUGGUUCUAUAAGUGA